GCACAGGAAUUGUGCUGUCAGGCUGGGGAGUAAGUGAGAUAUUUACUAACACUGACUGAGACAUAUCAAUAGAGAGAGAGAGAGAGAUAUUUCAUCAUCACACAGAGUCUGUUACUGGAGGACACCCUGUCUGCAUCAUGCUUAUGUGUGCUAAUUUAGUGCUGCUCAGUCUGUUCCUGCUCUUCUCUGGGGAGUUCUCCCAGACUGCAGAGGGCUGCACAUGUGCCCCCAGCCAUCCCCAGGAAGCAUUCUGCAACUCUGACAUUGUGAUAAGAGCCAAAGUGGUGGGGAAGAAGCUUAUGAAGGAUGGACCCUUUGGAACCAUGCGCUACACUGUAAAGCAAAUGAAAAUGUAUCGUGGUUUUAAAAUGAUGCCUCUGGUCCAGUACAUCUACACAGAAGCCUCUGAAAGCUUGUGUGGGGUCAAACUGGAAGUCAACAAAUACCAGUACCUGAUAACAGGACGUGUAUAUGAAGGAAAGGUGUAUACAGGUCUGUGCAACCUGAUUGAAAAAUGGGAAAAACUGACCCUCGCUCAGCGCAAAGGGCUUAAUCACCGAUACCAUCUGGGCUGCAAUUGCAAGAUAAAGUCAUGUUACUACUUGCCCUGUUUUAUCACAUCCAAAAACGAGUGCCUCUGGACAGACAUGCUGUCCAACUUUGGCUAUCCUGGCUACCAGUCCCAGAACUACGCCUGCAUCAAGCAAAAAGAGGGUUACUGUAGCUGGUACAGAGGAUGGGCACCACCAGACAAAACCAUAAUCAACACUACGGACCCCUGAAUCCUUUUGGGCCAGAAGCUGCAAUGGACAGUACCAAUGAUAUGAAAACACACAGCAAUGACAUUUGUGCCUAUUUUCUUGCAAAAUUUAGCACUUCGAACACUUAAAUCUUUGCCAUCAUUAUUAAGAGUAUAUUUUUUAAUCACUCUGUUUAUUUUGGUUUUCAAUCACCCAUUUUUAAGCCAGAUCUGGGCAGAAUUCUGUUGGAAGGUCCUUUUAGCUUUCCUAAGUGUAUAACGUCAAGAAUUCCAGAGUGUUGCUGAUAUAACCUGUUUGUGACUCUGGAUAAUGCAUUUACUUUCUUUUAUAUGCAAAGUGUACAGACAUCAACAAGGGCAUUGUUGUAAAGAUAGACUGGAAAGUGGAAGGCAUGGACACUUGGAAAUGUAUGUAACUGUCACAUAGUGCUGAGCAUUGCUUUGCAGUCCUGAAUCUCAUACCACAAGGGGCGAUGUAUAACUAGCCAGUUGACAUGUUGACUGCAACAGACAGGUGAUUACAGUUGUAAUAGUACAUUUUAAACAUAAUAUUGAAUAGCUCACACAAAAAAGUAUAGGAAGCUGUAUCUAAUCAUGGGGGGAAAAAAAAAAAAACGGAAUAUUUUACUCCUCCACCUUCCAAAAAAGUGCAUUUUUGCAGAGUAGGGUUUAUGGGUUUAAUUUUUUUUUUAAAUUUUUUUUUUUUUGACAAUGUGAAUUGCUUCUGUGCUUUUGAGUAGAUGUUAACACGAUCUGAUCUAUUUCACAAGGAACUUACCGGGAUAAUAUCAGUAAUCCCUUAAAAACAAUCAAGUGGAUUGCUGGAGAAAAUGUUUAUUCUCAUUGCACUGAUAAAUGGGAACCUUCCCAUCACCCUGGCCAAUUUGGGGGUGAUUGCAACAGUAUUUUAUCAUGUAUUUAAUUAUAGGUUUUGGCCAUUUAUGCUGGCGCAAGUCAGAGGUAGAACGCAACCCAGAUAAAAUAAGCUACAUUACUCUCCAGGAUAAGGUAUGGGUGAAGUGACUUCUGGCUGGAAGAGAACAGACAGCCUAACCUAGAAAUCGAUACCAAUGUAUAAGAUUCCUGUCAUUGGCACAUACAUUGAAAUAUCAAAGUUUUCUUCCUUCAUAUUUCACCCAUCUUCCACUGCUGGGACUGCUUCAUCAUAUAUUAGUAAAACAUAAAAUAUGUGCAGUACCUUUAACGUCCUCUUCACUUAUGGUGAAGUCAGCAAUUUCCAUGAAAUGCUUAAUUUGACCUCAUAAGGUUUUCCAUAGACUUGCAGGGUUAUUUACUAAAGUGGGAAUGAUUGGGUAUUCAGAGUGAAUUUCAAAUUUAAGGCUAAAGUAGCAGAACUGGAAGCAUAGCUUACUGUUUAUAGUUCAGUUAUCUUGGCCUUUAUUUUAAAAAUCUCUUUGAAUUUCUGACAAUUCUCAUUUUAGGGAAUAACCCUGUAAACUAAAGCACUUAACAGCCAAAUAAAUGUAAUAUUCAGCUUGGGAUGUUUAAAAAUUAGAGGGACUCCUAGCAAAAAAAGGGUGCCCAGGUUUCUUCUUCUAGAUAUGUUAUAUUAUUUGUAAUAAUGUAAAUCAAACAGAUUUGGGACUUCCAAACCAAAACUAUUUUUUUUUUUUUUUUAAGUUGACACAGUUGUGAGAAGUGAUGAUAUUUUAUUUUUAUGUUCCUCGAAUUAAAUGCAGUUGCAGCUCCAAGCUAUUAGGAGUGCUCAGAUUAUUUGAUGUGCACCUCUUUUAUAGGCUUCUUUCUGCCAUAUAAGUAACCUUUCUGCUCCUAGCUUGCACCAAUUUGUAAAUCUAUCGCAAAAUACAUAAAGAGGUCUACUCUCUAAUCAGUGAGUCAUGGUGGAUUUAUAAUAGACUUACAGAACCUAGACCAAGAUAGGAGAGUUGGUAAAUCUUUAACUUAACAGGGAAGAUUUAAAAAAAAACAAAAAAACUCUACUGUCUUGGUCUGAAUUUUGCAAAUCAGUUUGUCACUGCCUCACAAUAAGCCUCUGUAUAUUUUUAUAUUUUUGCUUGACUGGAUAAUUUAUAGAUGAAUUUUAUGUAGAUUUCUAAUAUAAAGCCAUUUUAUUUUUGUUUUUAAUCUGAGACAGGAGCGUCUGUUCUAAAAAUGGGUGAGAAGAGUAUGUUUUACUGAGGUUUUGUUACAUUUUCUGGUUAUAUAUUUUUUUCCUCUUAUUUAACUUUAUAGAGCAAAAUGUUUUAAUAUAUCUUCACUCCAUUCCGUGUAGGGAGUAGCUGUUUUUAUAACAUGAAAUCUAUAAUUUACUGGUUUUCUACAUUAUUUCACAAAUAAGAGUAUUUUAUAUGUAUAUGCUAUAUAUUUGCAUUGAAUGUUCUUGUGUUUGGGUUUUAAAAGUACUUUCUAAGUCAUGCUCUUCCAUAAACAACAUUAUUAAAACUGUGGUGAGAUCAAAUAGUGACAAAAACUCCUAGCUUAUUUAAAGGAAUGUUGCAAGCAUAGCUUCUUGUAGUGGUUGUGGUGGCAGGAUUGCCUUGGCACGUUCCCACAUGAAGGUGUCAAAUCAUUUUAGCACUUUCUGACAACUUACCUGUGUUCUGCUGGACAUUUGUGUUUGCAUCUGCCAUAUCUGUGCUUCUCUAGCAAGACAAGAUGGUGGUGUCUAUAGAGUAGAGAACAUCUAAUGCAGUACUGUGCUCAUUGGAUGAGAGCAUCCGACGGGACUCGGGUAAACCGCACUAAAACUGUUUGACAUCUUACUGUGGAACAGUGCUAGAGCACUGCUGGCAUCAUAACCACUACAUCGGACAAUGGCGGUUAUGAUCCUUGGAUUGUUUAAAAAAGUUCUCAAAUGUUUCAUCAAGAUUUCCAACAGACAACAAGGAGCCAGCACCAUGCUGACUAGCCACAAGAGGCAACUGAUCAGUCCCAUGCUAGGCAAAGGUAUAUUCACAUCCUAACCUUUACAUUUUCAUAAAAUGUGUUAUAAAACUGAAAUUAAUUAUGAAGCUAACCUAUGGAAAUUUGUGGUUGAAAUCUGAAAAAAAGGAAUGCACAGUCUGCACUUUUUGGUAUAUUAAUUAUGGAAACAAAUCUUUGGCCUGCUGGAGCCAUUUUUCAAAUAUGCAUAAGGAUGUGUGAUGUCACACUGUGGUAUAUUUGAGAACCUAAAUUAGUUUUUGUCACUUUCUGAUCUAUUACAUAUCUCAAAUUCAGUCUGUACUGGGAUGAAUAGCAUAGUUGUGCUUGAGCUGAAAAGUGUAUAACGGAAAAGACAGGCUCCAUACAUAAACUUUGGACAAUCUUGGGGCCCCAUUCAGCAUGCUAAGAAGUUUGUUUCACUCUUUGAGCACAUUUCAGAUUACGCAAUAAAUGUAAAAAAUGUGCUAUGGAUUAUUGUAAAGAUGUUUUUAUGUUAUUUAACUCAAUUGUUUU